GGCUGAUAAUGCCCCGAGGGGCAGCCCCUAGGUGUCCGUUUGGUUGGUGGGUGGGAUCCAGAUCUCCGCAAAGGCCCUGUUACGGGUUUCUCUUGUUCGGGGUCUUGUAGCCAGAGAGGGGCGGCUGCCUGGGAGUCCCUGCCGCGCUCCCCUUCCGGCAGAGCGAGUGGAUGCGCGUUUUCCCUGGCAGAGUCCAGGACGCCGGCGACACAUUUGCCCUGGGAACAGUGGGCGGGUCCCCUUUCCUCCGGGGCCGGUGAACUCGCCUCUUCGCCUGCAGGCUUGGGAGGAGGUGACCGGAUCUUCCCUUGGCCCUUCUCCCGCCGGUUCUCGGACCACUCCCUCUGGAAGGAAGUCUCUCCGCCCUUCCUCUUCCUCCCCGCCCCCGUCCCGCUGUUGUGGCUGCAGGCUCAAGCUGGGGUCACUCGGCGGCCAGAGGGCGAAAGCAUUCAGCCGGGGCCCCCAGUUUCGGGGCUGCCUUGGCUGCGAGCAGCGAGGCAAGGAGAGGCAGGCGCUCCAAAACUGGGCGAAGAUUCCUUUCCCAAUUUCUAACUCGAGCCUCCCACCGUCAGUGCGCUUAAUGGCGCUACCGGCCGGAUGGAUAAUCAAGCUCUCUGGAGGGACAGACGCGGCCGCCAUCCCUAAUAAAUCGUGAAUAACGAAUGAGCGAAUCGACUGUCCUCAUGAGGCCCGCGGGCGUCCAGUAACGCAGUAUCGAUUCGCUUCCCCGGCGCCGGCCUCACCGCUCCUCCCGGCGUUUCCAAGCCUCCCUCCUCGUUUUCUCCCUCCAGCCGGAGCCACUGAGGACCGGAGCCCCAGCACCAGGUUUCUCCCCUCCCGCCGCCCGGGCGAGCGACACGGCUGCGGCCCCCCUCCCCUCCCUUCCCUCCCUCCCUCCCAUCCCCCCCUCCCCGAGACCCACCGGACCCCGAACCCAGGGCAACGCUCCCCAGUCCCCCCACCCCCGACCCCGGAAUCAUGCAUCGGACUACACGGAUCAAAAUCACAGAGCUGAACCCCCACCUCAUGUGUGCCCUCUGCGGGGGGUACUUCAUUGACGCCACCACUAUCGUGGAGUGCCUGCAUUCCUUCUGCAAAACCUGCAUCGUGCGCUACCUGGAGACCAACAAAUACUGCCCCAUGUGUGAUGUGCAGGUCCAUAAAACCCGGCCGCUGCUGAGCAUCAGGUCUGACAAAACCCUUCAAGACAUUGUCUACAAAUUGGUCCCUGGGCUUUUUAAAGAUGAGAUGAAACGGCGGCGGGAUUUCUAUGCAGCGUACCCCCUGACAGAGGUCCCCAACGGCUCCAACGAGGACCGCGGCGAGGUCUUGGAGCAGGAGAAGGGGGCUCUGAGCGAUGAUGAGAUUGUCAGCCUCUCCAUCGAAUUCUACGAAGGUGCCAGGGACCGGGACGAGAAGAAGGGCCCCCUGGAGAAUGGGGAUGGGGACAAAGAGAAAACAGGGGUGCGCUUCCUGCGAUGCCCAGCAGCCAUGACCGUCAUGCAUCUCGCCAAGUUUCUCCGCAACAAGAUGGAUGUGCCCAGCAAGUACAAGGUGGAGGUUCUGUACGAGGACGAGCCACUGAAGGAAUACUACACCCUCAUGGACAUCGCCUACAUCUACCCCUGGCGGCGGAACGGGCCCCUUCCUCUCAAGUACCGUGUCCAGCCAGCCUGCAAGCGGCUCACCCUAGCCACGGUGCCCGCCCCCUCCGAGGGCACCAACACCAGCGGGGCAUCCGAGUGUGAGUCAGUCAGCGACAAGGCUCCCAGCCCUGCCACCCUGCCAGCCACCUCCUCCUCCCUGCCCAGCCCAGCCACCCCAUCCCAUGGCUCUCCCAGCUCCCAUGGGCCUCCAGCCACCCACCCUACCUCCCCCACUCCCCCUUCGACAGCCAGUGGGGCCACCACAGCUGCCAACGGGGGUACCUCGAACUGCCUGCAGACACCAUCCUCCACCAGCAGAGGGCGCAAGAUGACUGUCAACGGCGCUCCCGUGCCCCCCUUAACUUGAGGCCAGGGACCCUCUCCCUUCUUCCAGCCAAGCCUCUCCACUCCUUCCACUUUUUCUGGGCCCUUUUUUCCACCUCUUCUACUUUCCCCAGCUCUUCCCACCUUGGGGGUGGGGGGCGGGUUUUAUAAAUAAAUCUAUAUAUAUAUGUACAUAGGAAAAACCAAAUAUACAUACUUAUUUUCUAUGGACCAACCAGAUUAAUUUAAAUGCCACAGGAAACAAACUUUAUGUGUGUGUGUGUAUGUGUGGAAAAUGGUGUUCAUUUUUGGGGGGUCUUGUGUAAUUUGCUCUUUUGGGGGGUACCUGGAGAUGAACUGGAUGGGCCGCUGGAGGCUCAGUGAAGCUCUGCACGGUCCUCACUGUUUCCCAAGGCAGAUGGUGUGUUGGGACCCCUUCAGCCCCAAAGCUUUAGGCACGAUUCCAACUGGCUGCAUAUAGGAGUCGGUUAGAAUUGUUUCUUUCCCCGUUUCUCUCCCCAUCUUGGCUGCUGUCCUGCCUCUGACCAGUGGCUGCCCCCCGCAUUGUUGAAUGUCCAGAAAUUGCUAAGAACAGUGCCUUUUACAAAUGCAGUUUAUCCCUGGUUCUGAGGAGCAAGUGCGGGGUGGAGGUGGCACCUGCAUCACCUCCUCCUCUUGCAGUGGAAACUUUGUGCAAAGAAUACAUAGUUCUGCCUCUUUUUUUUUUUUUUUUUUUUUCCUGUGUGUGUGGCCUUUGCAUCAUUUAUCUUGUGGAAAAGAAGAUUCAGGCCUUGAGAGGUCUCAGCCCUUGGAAUUCCACUGUGGCUUUAGCAUUGUGAAGCACUGCAACCCCACCGACCCUACCCUCACCUGGGAACCCUCACUAGCAGGACUGGUGGUGGAGUCUCACCUGGGGCCUAGAGUGGAAGUUGGGGUGGGUUCACCUCACACAAGCACAGACCCCAGACUUUGCCAAAGGCAGACAGCCUUCCAGUUGCCCCUCCACCCCCAGCUGAGGCCCGGUCACCUGGUCAGGACAGAGCAACUGCAUCUAAAAGCACAAGACAGAAACCUGUAAGCUCUGACCCCACCCCCACCCCUUGAGCGGUCAGCAGACCACCUCCUUAGGGACAGACCCUGGCAGGUCCCUGCCCACCGAGAUUUCCUCAUGCGUGCAUCGAUCUGGGAGGAUACGGGAGUCGAGACUCAAGAUUCCAUCACAGCCUAGGUGUGUGGGGUUGGGAGUCCCCUGAUGGGCUUGUCUGUAUUUGCACCUUGUCCUGUGUCUGAGGUCCUGUGACUGUACCCUCCUCUGCCCUGGGACAUCUGUAUCUCUUGGCUUUGUAAUAAAUGCUGCAUACUUUC